AUGGCGCCGACCAUCAAGAUCGACACCAGUGUCCAAGCGACCAAACGCGGAUUACCCGAGAAUGACGAUGCGGGCCUCGAUAUACUCGGCGCGGAUCUAGACAACCCCAAGUUGGAAGCUGGGAAUACGGAAGAUGUUCCGCCGUUCCUGUGUCAGUCUGUCUCGGAGAUCCAUGACAAGUUUGAGGAGCUGGAAUGGAUGCAGCGCGCACGUUUUAAUGAGAGUAUGCAAGCCAGUGAUCUGUCGCAUCCAUGGGCCCUAGAGGCAGAUCCAAGAGUUAAAGAGAGGAAUCGGUAUUUUAAUGUCCAGGCGUGGGCAAAUUGUCGGAUCCAUCUGCAGGUCGCCGAGGGCGAGUGUGAUUUUAUCAACGCAUCUCCGAUCAGACUGGAAGAUUCAGUGACACGGGAAACAAGGAGAUACAUCGCAACUCAGGGCCCCAAACUUGGACAUCUCGCGGAAUUUUGGCACAUGGUCUUCCAUGAAAGCCAGGAGGUUGGUGUUAUUGUAAUGCUUACUCAAACUUUUGAAGCGGGCCGGGAAAAGUGCGCUCAAUACUUCCCAUUGGAUACGGAGCAGGCUUCGAUGGUACUGUCGGCGGAUGAGUCGGACGUUUUCUUCGUUGAGAGUGAGCAAGCAGAACCGGGUGUCUUGGGCAGGGUUACCCUGUUGGAAUCGACUUUCGACGCUAGAUCACGAUCUGAAAUCCGCAAACUCGAACUAGCCAUCGGUUCCGAGUCAAAGAUUGUCUGGCAUUUCCUUUUCGCCGGUUGGGCCGAUUACUCUAAACCCGAAGGCAGCGAUCGUCAAGCCCUUCUCGACUUGAUCAAGUUGUCAGCCUCCAAAUCCACACCGGAUAAUCCACGAAUCGUACACUGCAGCGCAGGAGUUGGUCGAACAGGAACCUUCAUCGCCCUAGACCAUUUGCUGUGCGAGCUGGAGUCAGGACAUCUGUUGGAUAUAGACAAUCCAAAGAUCGACCCUGUUUUCGAGACUGUCGAUCAGAUGCGUCAGCAACGGAUGAUGAUGGUCUACAACGAGAUGCAGAUGCAAUUUAUCUACGAAGUGCUCCGAGAACAAACCGAUCGGAAGCUGGGCAAGCUUACAGACUGGAACAUGGACUCGCCUAGCGGUAGCGAGGAACGGUCCGCGAAAAUGGCCAAGUUGAAUGACCAGGCAGAUUACUUGCCGACUUCCAAGCCCGAGUUGGAAGCUGUUCCAGAUCGCGCCCAUACGCCUACAAGAAGUCGGUCCGGCACACCGGAGCUUCCUGCAUCUGAUAAUGAAUGA